UCUGGGCCCGUUUCUCUUAUCCUACACGGAUAAGAGCGGUAGCGAAAUCCACACUUCCAACUCUUCCACCCUUCCAACUCUUCCACCCCAUCAAAUCCAUGGCUACUGCUUCUUUCGCUCCACUUUCCCACGUUUUCUCGCGACUUUCCCACAUUUCCUCUUCAAAAUCUGCUACCUCGAUUCUCCCACAUUCUUCUCCUUUCAAGAACUCCCCAAACCAACUCACUCUUAGAAGGGAGUUCCUCAGAGGACUGGCUUUGGCUCCUCUUAUUUUUAUCUCCGAGGAAGCCCUUCCUGCGCAUGCUCGAGAGGUGGAAGUAGGGUCCUACCUCCCCCCAUCUCCAUCUGACCCAUCUUUCGUCCUCUUCAAAGCCUCUCCCAAAGACACUCCCGCCCUUCGCGCAGGAAAUGUGCAGCCCUAUCAGUUUGUCCUCCCACCAACUUGGAAACAAACACGUGUAGCCAACAUACUGUCUGGUAAUUACUGCCAACCCAAGUGUGCGGAGCCUUGGGUUGAAGUGAAAUUCGAAGAUGAAAAUCAGGGAAAGGUGCAGGUGGUUGCUUCUCCUUUGAUCCGCCUCACCAACAAACCCAAUGCAUCAAUUGAAGACAUUGGGAGCCCUGAGAAGUUGAUUGCCUCUCUUGGCCCUUUUGUUACUGGAAACACGUAUGAUUCUGAUGAGCUCCUGGAAACUUCAGUUGAAAAGCUUGGUGAUCAGACGUAUUACAAAUAUGUGCUUGAGACUCCAUUUGCUCUGACGGGGUCGCAUAAUCUUGCAAAAGCAACAGCAAAGGGAAAUAGUGUCGUCUUGUUUGUGGCUAGUGCAAAUGAUAAACAGUGGCAGGCAUCUCAGAAAACUCUAAAAGCCAUGCUUGAUUCCUUCCAAGUGUAGUUUUUGCCCAAGAGAAGACAAGACGGUUAUAUUUAAUUCAUUUAUUUUAAAUUUGCAUAGAUAGAAGGACUUCUGGACAAGAUCGACAUGUUUUCUACAAUGGAAUUUUUGGUUCUGUUCAAUCCAAAUCCCUUCCCCAUCCCUCCCUACCCAUAAAAGCAUGAAAGGAGAUUCACACUCCCUUUUGCAUGGCUUUGAGAAUUUGAUCUACUGGUUUAUAGAUGAUUCAACAAAUUUGCAUUCAUGACAUAGAUAUUGAGAGCAUUUUAUGUAGAUUUGCAGUUAAUUGUUGGCAUAUUUAAUAAGGCCAUAGAAGAAACAUGCUAAGAUCUUAGACUAGUAUAUUUCCUUUGUCAAUAAUGAGUUUGUGUCUUUAAGCCUAGUCUUUCUGAGCUGAAAUUCAGCUUGUUAAAUAGAAGUGGCUUGAACAGACACAGAGAUUGGUUGAACAUUCUGCUUCUGCUAAGUUGGGAGGUUCUAAUGAAGAUGGGUUUGUGACAAACCAAGUAAUCUGACAACGCGAUCUGCUAGUUUGGUCUCAAUAAACAUCCUUUGGAGGGUAGGGAUGUUAAUAUUACCUGGGGGUUCUCCUAGUGACAGAAUGUUGUUCUCUGCUUGGAGAAGAAAUUGAAAAAGAUGAACAAUGGCUAUCUGUUGGCCUCCAAACAAAUCUCUUAUACAAAAACUGCUGCUGGUUUGCCUUUCCGAAAUCAAUUCCCUGUCUUAUAACUGCCCCACCACUUCUUCUGCAGCCAUAGAAUCUGUCUUCAAGGUAAGCAUAGUGUGAGAAUUGCAAGAGAGUUAGAAAAACAGGUAUGAAACAACAGGGACAAUGAAGUUGACAGAAAAUUAUAGUAGCAGUGAAUGAAAAAAGGAAAGGAUAAAUGACUAAUCUUGAUCACACAGGUUAGGGUGUUCAUGCAAUUCAGCAAUCCUGUGAGCUCCUAUUUUUAUUUCUCCACUCACUAUGUUUUAAAUUGGUGAAGUAAAACUAGAAGAGUAGUAGGAUUUGGACAGUUGCUAUUGAUGACAUGUUUAUGUAUGUUUCAAAUUAUCUUGUAUUAUUGCUCAGACAUGGUCUGCCAGGCUUGGGCCUCUGCCCGCAUUUUCCCAAA